CUUUUGAUGUUCAUACUGUCUUUUAUCUCUGUGUAUAAAUCCCAGCUUUUACUGUGUUUUGCAAACAAACAAACAGUUAAUAUAUAUGGAAAGUACACAUUGCAGACCUCUAGUAAAAGGAUGAAGCUUUUAUCCCCAAAAAUCAAACAAAAAGGCAAAAAGGCUAUGUAAGCAGGAUUUGUAUCUUCUUUGUGAAGAAGGGAAAAGUUUUCACUGUUGUGGCUUCUUCUGAAACUUACCAUGAAUAGCACCAUUAUACACCAGUACCAUUUUUCAUAAAGCAAAGUGGACCCCUUAAUGUCUACCUUCCUUAGAUAUAAUAUUCAUCGGUUCCUUUCAUUCGACCUAUUUUACAGUCUACAGUUACAAAGAUGAACUCACAGUCAAGAACCCCAACUCGUCUUCUUUCCUCAAAAAGAGAGUGAAAGGAUCCUGCAGUCUGAAGAAGAAUAGUGUGAAAUCGUACCUGAAACAUUUACAAUGAGUAACAGCUUGUUACAUAGUCAUUAUUCGAGUGGUGGAAUCCCAUCAGAGAUUGCUGAGAAUCUAAAAGAUUUUUUUCCUGAGGAUGGCGAUUUGAGUUAUGAAGAAGUUCUUUUGCAACAGGAAACUGUUUACUUAUCAUUUCAAGCAAAUGGAAAAAACAAGAGUAUGAGCUCUGAAUACGGUCAAACCAGUAGCGGGCAUCCGUUAUCAGCACAAAAGGGUGAUUCUUCUCAAAGCCCUGACUCACAGUUGGCUCUGGAUGAAGCUAUAGCUAGAUCUUUGCAGUUGGGGGAUGAUUUUGAGGAUUUUUGUAGAGAUGAGCUUAAUUCUACUGUGGCUGGCAUCAGGGAAUCCCCUCCUAGAGAAUCACCUCCGGCUGAGAAUCCGAACACGAGGAGACAAGAUGAUAUUGAUCCAGAUAGUAUGACCUAUGAGGAAUUGCAGUCUUUAGGAGAAGCUGUUGGCCAGCAGAGCAGAGGGCUUUCACAAGACCUCAUAAGUCGUUUACCAAGUUUCAAAUACAAGACUGGAUUCUUCUCAAAGAAAAAGAAGAUGGGAGAGUGUGUUAUAUGUUAUGCUGCAUACAGAAGCGGAGAUAUGUUGACCACUUUGCCUUGUGCACACAUGUUUCAUUCAGAAUGUAUUAACCGCUGGCUAAAAGAAAGAAAGAAUUGCCCCCUCUGUUAUGAAGAGGUGAAAGAUGAAUGACCUUGCAGAUCCAAUGCGUUGUUGCUCAACUGAUCUGCCUUCAAACAUCACUUUUCUUUCAUGUAAUAGAGAGUAUCAGCCUCCUUUAAGGACUUAUAUUUGGUUUGUAAAUAUCCUUGUGGUUUGAUUCCCCAUAUUUCACUAUCUGGACACAUUAAGCAAACAGAACUGUCUAGUCCUGCUCUUGGUAUCAGCAUAUCUUGCUAGACAUUGACUUUUCAACAUUAUGCCCCUAAACUAUGUGAAAUUAAGCGGAUAUGUACGUAGUGGUAAUACUUUAGCACAAAUAUCCAAUAUUUUGGUUCAAA